AUGGAGUUCCGGCCUCGUAAUUACAUCGCCGAAGAAGAAACCCACUCGCUCACUCGCUCAGCCGCCGAUCAUCACCCUCUCUCAGCUGUACCUCCAUCAUCGUCUGCGCCCCCGCCUCCGGAGAAUAAGCUUUCCCACAGUGAGGAUGCCAAUUUCUUCGAUCCUCUACGAGGAGAACGGAGGGGCGGGGAGUCCAUCUCAAUCGACGAGGCCCCCGACAGGGAGAAUGCUUCUAUCUCAGGGCGCUCUGCGGUUCCCUAUCCCCAAGCUCCGUCCAAGGAAUGGAACUCUUUCAAGAGGCUUUUAAUGCAGAAGUUCCCCGUCUCCAAAAUAAUCGCAGUUUCCUCGGUGUCUGAUGUGAUCGUUAAGGGUGGCAAGGCCUUUGAGAAGCCUGAUAGAACCAUGCUUGUCGAUGAAUUGGAUGAUGUUGAAAAUGAGGUUGUGAAGAUUACCCAACAAGAGUAUGUCUCCCGGUUAUAUGAUCUCAAAGAUGAAAUCAACCGCGCUUGGAACAGUGAUGAUCGUGUAACUGCUUUGAAGUUAUCUAUCAAGGUUGCUAAGCUUCUGGUGGAUACAUCAGUCCUGCAGUUUUAUCCUACAUUAUUUGUUCUUGCCACAGAUGUGAUGGACAUGCUUGGGGAACUGGUCUGGAAGCGCAUUAGGCAGAAAGCUGAAUAUGCCGAAAAUGGGACAAUGCUCGAUAUUUUACCAGAGAAUUUUAAAGCAAAUGAUGUUUGCUUUGAUGCUAAAGAAACAUGCAAUAACUGGUUCUGCAAAGUUGGUGCUGUUCGUGAACUUCUUCCACGCAUAUACUUGGAGCUGGCUAUUUUACCCUGUUGGCGUUUUCUGCUUGACCGGCCAGAAGAUAAUCUCCAGCGACUUGUUAUGAUGAUAAGGGGGUUAGCUGAUCCAUUAGCAUCUGCUUAUUGUCGUUUGUAUAUGGUCCACUGUGCACAGAAGUUGCAUACAUCUGAUAAAGGACAUCUGAUUGCCUGUAUUAAUGACUUGAACAUUCUGUUCAUGCGACCUGCAUCAGCAAAGGAAACACGACAUGGAUAUUUGACUGACAAGAAAAAAUUGCUUGUUACUCUAAUUGACCCAGCUAUCGAGUAUAUCAUGAAAUGCAUAUUUGACAAUGCAUCUAAGGUCCAUAUAGAUGAUGCGCUUGUUGGCCUUCGGCUGGCCAGAAAUCAAGUUGAUAUAGUUGAGCGUCCGGCAUUUGUCUCAAUUGUUCUGCACCAUCUACUAAAAGAACUCCCAGCUGAGAUAUUGAACUCGCAUGCCCAGGAUUUCCUCCAUCUGAUUCAGUUCAGCAAAGAUUAUACUUUUGAUCAGUGUUUGAACUACAGGUUACUAGGAUUCAGACUUGGUGAACAUAGGUCUCAGAUAGAAGUCUUGAACUUAGUUCUCGAGGAAGUGAUGCAGGCUAUCAGUCAAUAUGAGAGACUUGAUGAGUUCUUAAAUGUUGUGGAUUCUUAUAUAGACAUCGUUCUUCAAAAUCAAAUGGAUGGUUACUUGAGCAGUAUUUUAAAGGCCCUCGCAAUGCGCAUUUCCAGUAAAGAGGUUACAGAAGACGACUCGAGAAUCUUGCAGUCCAUUAUGAUAAAACUUCUUUCUCGUUUGAAGGACUUGGAUGAGAUUUUUGCUUUGAGCCAUUUCCUUGACAUCUUAGAUGUGAUGUAUGGACGCUCCAGGAAUGCAGUGAAUCUGCAUAUUCUUGACAUGGCUACAAGGAAGGGUCGUUUGCGUGAUCCGGCAGCCAUACAACUUCUUUUUGAAAUUUCUCAAUCUCUUCAUGAUGGAAUAGAUCUAUCUUACGAGAAAGAUGAUUAUGCUCGACAGCUGGCACGUCUCAUUUCUCGUUUUGUGCAAAUGGUUGACUAUGGUACUGAGUUGGAACAGCAUUUAAUGUUCUUAGUCGAAUGUCGUGGGGCUUUUGGCAGCAUAAAUGAAUUAAAGGAAACUCUUGUUCACUCAAGUAAUAGUUUGGCGACUGAGGCUUUGAAAGAUGACAAAAAGCAAAGCACUUUGGUUAAAUCUUGCAUUGCAUUUAGUGAGGUUACGAUACCCAGUAUUCCAACUCAAGUUAGGCAGCUGAAUCUCUAUCUGGAAACAGCUGAGGUUGCCUUAUUAGCCGGUUUAGUUUCCCAUUCAGAUGGACUGGUAGCUUCUGCUGUCAGCUGUUUAGAAUCUAUGGGGUCCUUAGAUGGCUACCGAACACCAUCUGAUGUUGAUGGAAUACUCUCCUCGGUUCAAAAACUGUGCAGCCUCUUGGUUAUGGUUCCAGGUGGAUCUAGCCAUUGUAUCACAGAAGUUCCAGACAACAUCCUCUCUCUUGUUUGUUCUGAAUCAUCAUGGUUGACUGGAAGGAUUAGGACAAGGAUGCUUUGUGCAACAGUACUCUUGGUGGCGACACUUUCACAAUGCAAGCUCCCAUACCAGGCAUACCAUCUGGAGGUUCCUAGCAAUGACUUGUUAUUCUUUGGGGAUUCUUCCUAUCUACAAGACCUUGUAUCAUUCUCCGAACGUGUCCUUCAGAGCCUUGUAGGUUCGAUAGAGCAAGAGCAAUCGAAGGCUGGCCGCGGAAGCAUGGCUCUCGAAGCUUGCAACUGCAUAGCAUCCACCUUCAAAGCAAGUGGUUACGUAUCGGAACUGUGCUGGAAUCUGAUUGAGACUGCUACAUCGUGUUUGAGUGCCAACGACAAGUACCUGCAGUCCACCAUUCGAUAUCUGAACCAGCAGCAGCUUCUUCCAGCUUCUAAACCGUCGGCUCCUAUUGUUCCAUGA